ACAUUUCCCCCUCCCUCACCAAACUCGGUUCACUACUUCUUUUGUAUGGGUAAUCAUCAAUGCUUGCUAGAAAAGCCAACGCUAACAAGCAGCACAUAUCCACUUCACCACCCCUCUCCUUCUUCUUCUUCUUCUUCUUCUAUCGCUCGCGCUUGAUCUCCUAGAGCAGUAAACCUUCGUUCAUGCUUCUAUGGGGGUGGCAAUGAGGGACCGGAGAAUGGACAGGCUCGUCGCGUUUCCGUUCUCCGUCGGCUGCGUCUCCCAAUCCAGCGUCGCCAUCACCGAAGGCCAUCAUUCCAAGAGAGCACAGAUUGAGCCGGCUGGCACGGCAGCAUCGAGUGGAGGAGGAGGUGGGAGGCACGCCACCGGCAAGCGGCCGAGCAUCUCUGCGGGGAUUCAGAAGAUGCUGAAGAGCUUAAAGCGAUUCUCUCAGCUGUUUGUUCUGGACAAGGAGGAGGAAGAGGAGGCGGAGGAGGUAGAGAUGGAGAUCGGGUUCCCAACAGAUGUGCAGCAUGUGGCUCACAUCGGGUGGGAUGGCUUCAGCACCAUGAAAAGCUGGGGCCGAGCUCCGGACUGCCUCUCCCUCCCCAAUUCCUUCUCGCUGAAGCCAUUCGAGCUGGCCAUGGCUGCUGCACAGGCUGGUGCCCCUCCACCCCAUGGUCCACUGAGGGCAUGACCACAUGCAUGCAGUGAUCGAGUGAGGUGCAGCUGCUCUCUUCUCCUCCCCUAUCGGAUUCCUUGUUGGCUUGGCAACCUAAAUCUAUUGGCGAUGGUGAUAAAGGCAGGGGAGUGCAUGUGAACUUGCUUGUACAGCAUUUGUAGCGAGUGGUAUUAGUAUAUUAGUCGAUCAACCUUUUC